GUGAACUGUGACGAUUGUUGUGAAGAAGAUCUUUGCAAUGCAAACUUUUCUGUGCAGUACUAUCAAGAGAUGAUGAGCAGACAGUACACCUCAUGGGUUGUGCCAUUGCCAGGAGAGGUGGAAUGGAAUAGAAAGAACAACUUUCGUUUUCCCUACUAG